GAUUCGUAGAAGAGACGGGACGAUGGCAUCCCCCGCGUUAUUCAGGACGCCGACAAGCCGAACUCAUAAAGGCAGCCCGCCUUGCAGGGGUUGAAGCAUACCUUCCUCCAGGACCCAAAUCCACUCCGAUGUCCCCACCAUCUCCGAAAACACCCCUUCAGCGUGUAUUCGCAGCAUGUCCUAUCGAGUGGGUCGGGGAAGUGAAGCCUAUCCCUGAUAAGCCAAACGGGUUGUACGAAGGGAGAAGAUUUAUGUUUAAGGGCCACAAGUGGGAGAGAGAACUGCCUGCACGCGAACAAGCUCUGCAUGAUUUUAAGGUCGAACAUGAUCAGAAGAGACGCGCUAUUCUUGAUCGGAGGAAGCGGCUAGAACGGAAAGCAGAGGAGAAACGACGGGGAGCCGGGAUACUGUCGUGAAAUCAUUUAACGAGGACUGAGUUUAUGCGUCUGCCCUAAUCUACGUCCCCGGAGAUGUCUCCUAAGUCGCCAGCGCUUUUUUCAUCCUUUGUCUCUUCCCCUUUAUACUCCUCGGCUAUCUCAAAUGAUACACACCAGAAUACCUUUCCGGGACCUCUGCCGUCUUUGCCUCGCUCAACGCAAACAUAUUGCACGGCCUCCCAUCCCAGUGACUCAUUAAGUCAAAGUGAAUGCCUCCGGGGAAGCUCAAAGCCAAUCCGCUCUCAAAGGAUAAGUAUCCUUGACAGAAGUCCGCUUCAAUCAAAUCG